AUGACGGCCACCGCUGCCUGCCCGCUUCCCGAGUGUGACUACCGCGGCGACAGUCUCGACAACCACUUGGAAACCACCCACAAACUCAUACACACCGGCGCCCACGCGCUGACGGUGCGGGCGCUGCUCCUGACCCCGUUCUGGAACCACGCCUCGUUCAUCGACGUUCUCGCCGCCGACAACGACGUAUCGGUAAGAGAAGCCACCGAGUUCCCCUUGGACACCCGCCAGUACCGGCUGGCCCGCUACCGGCUCGAGAAGUACCUCAAAACGCCGACGCUGGCCCCGCUCACCCUGGGCACCGACGUCCACAACCAGAUCAAGACGUACGUGAGGAAGUACGACGAGCUUGAGCGGAAUAAAGAGUACGACGUCACUCUGGAAGGAUUGCUUCACGAGAUCGCCGACGCUACUGAACAAGUUAAGACUCAAUGGCGCCGGCACCAGCUCCCGCCACCGCCGACGCCGGAAGCCAGUGCCGACGAGUGGCGCGAGUACCACGAUAUAUUACUAGCGCGCGUCAACACCGCGACGAAAAUCAACCAUAUAGUCACCGACCAACUCGCGGAAACCGUCGCGGAAAAGCGUAAGCUUUACAUUGAGACCCAGAUGCUUCUCGACGCAAAUAUCGAGAUUGGCCUCCCGCCCGAACCUGGCUACAUUCCCGAGCGCGUGGUGCGCGAUGACGUCGACGCCGCUCUCCUCGAUCGCGACUAA